AUGUCCACAAAGUCUUGCUAUCUGUAUUUGCUCUCUGAGAACAUGUUUCAACCGCAUUGUGUGGAUAAAUUUAACGCUACUUUUCCCUCUUUUGAUUGGUCUGCCACGUGGCGCUCCCUGUCCUUCUUCAGCAUAGACCGCUCGAUAAUCGACCUUAACUGGAAGAUUGCGGACGGCGUUCUGUACACCGCCCAGCGUCUGGUCUCCUUUGGAUCGCCAGUCCCUCUUCCUUGCUUCUGCGGUGCCCUGGUGGAAACACAGGAGCACCUUUUCUUCUAUUGUCCUCUUGCUCAAAGCAUUCUGUCCUGGCUCCAGUCUCUUAUGUUUGUCUUCUCCACGAUGUCUCCUGUCCUGUCACUCCGUCAAGUCCUUUUCGGCAGCAGCUCGGACGAGCUGAUUGCCACUCCUCGUAUCUUUGUCUACCUGCUUAACCUCUCAAAGUUCUGCAUCUGGAAAUCCCGGAACGACUGUCGUUUCCGCAACACCCGUCCUGACGCUAUGGCGGUGAUGGCUAACAUCCUGUCUCGCUUGAAGUUCCACCUUCCCAUACUGUUCAAGCGCUUCAAGUCAGACAGACGCCGGCGCUUCUUCCACCGACAGUGGGGCGCCCGUGGUGUCGUUUCUUCCGUUGUUAAAAGCUCUCCAGUGUUCUCAAUCUAA